GGGCGCCGUGUCCGUGGGCGCCGCGCCCGGCCGGGCCCAUGUGCGUGCGGCUAGCCCCAAGCCGCCCGGGCUUCGCCUCCGCCAGCGCCCUGGCCUCCAUCCGGGCCUCCGAGGAGCCGCCGCGACGCCCGGCCCGCGGGGCAGGUGAAGAAAUUCUAAAUCUUCUACUGAAUGAAAAAAUCUUUCUUAAAGUUACAUAUAGUCCAAGAAAAAAACCCCAAAUGUUUUCAUAUUUUGUUUGAACUUAGAAUUAAGAAGUUUCCAUAGAAGGUCAGCUAGAAUUCCAGUGGUACAUUGGUCAGUGUUUCAUAACUCGCUCUCCAGAAGACUAAAAACCCUUGUGGUUUGAAGCAUUCGUCGAUCUCCAUAGUGAAGAUACUUCCAUCAUGUCCGAUUUAUGUGGCCAGUGUGAUGCCACUGAAGGUGGGGUUGGGAGAGCUGUGCCGCUUUGGCCAUCACUGAACCCAUGCUCUGUGGCAAGCUUCGUGGCCGUCAUCAUGUUCUGGAAGUUUGACUUGAAUACCACGUCCCAUGUUGACAAGCUGCUGGACAGGGAGGAUGUGACACUGCGAGAGUUGAUGGAUGAAGAUGAUAUCCUGCAGGAGUGCAAGGCUCAGAACCAGAAACUGCUGGGCUUCCUCUGCAGGCAACAGUGUAUGGAGGAGCUGGUGAGCCUCAUUACACAGGACCCGCCCCUGGACAUGGACGAGAAGGUCCGCUUCAAGUAUCCAAACACAGCCUGCGAGCUGCUGACAUGUGAUGUGCCGCAGAUCAACGACAGACUGGGAGGGGAUGAGACUUUGCUGAACCUUCUUUACGAUUUCUUGGACCAUGAGCCGCCUCUCAAUCCUCUGCUUGCCAGUUUUUUCAGCAAGACCAUUGGCAAUCUCAUUGCAAGAAAAACUGAACAGGUGAUUCUGUUCUUGAAGAAGAAGGACAGGUUCCUCAGCUUGGUGUUAAAGCACAUCGGCACCUCAGCCCUCAUGGACCUGCUGCUGCGCCUGGUCAGCUGCGUGGAGCCGGUGGGGCUCCGGCAGGAGGUCCUGCAUUGGCUUAAUGAAGAGAAGAUCAUCCAGAGACUUGUAGAAUUGAUCCAUCCAAGUCAGGAUGAAGAUAGACAGUCCAAUGCCUCUCAAACCCUCUGUGACAUCAUCAGGCUGGGCAGAGAGCAGGGCAGUCAGCUGCAGGAGGCUCCAGAGCCCGACCCCCUCCUCGCAGUGCUGGAGUCGCAGGACUGCGUGGAGCAGCUUCUGAAGAACAUGUUUGAUGGAGACCAGACUGAGAUCUGCCUCGUUAGUGGGACUCAGGUGUUACUUACCUUGUUGGAGACCAGACGGGCUGGGACAGAGGGCUUGGUGGACUCCUUUUCUCAGGGACUGGAAGGGCUGUGUACCGUCAGCAGCAGCGUACUGCAUGGCAUUGAGCCACGACUGAAGGACUUCCACCAGCUUCUGCUCAGCCCGCCAAAGAAAAAAGCAAUCCUGACCACCAUUGGCGUGUUGGAGGAGCCCCUGGGGAAUGCCCGUCUGCAUGGUGCCCGCCUCAUGGCUGCACUGCUACACACAAACACACCCAGCAUCAACCAGGAGCUCUGCAGGCUCAACACCAUGGGCUUACUGCUGGACCUGUUCUUUAAGUACACUUGGAAUAACUUUUUGCACUUCCAAGUGGAACUAUGCAUAGCCGCUAUUCUGUCCCACGCUGCCCGGGAGGACAGGGCAGAAGCCAGCAGACCGGAGAGCGGGGUGGAGCCUCUGCCCGGGAGUGGGGACCCAGAGACCCCCCAGCCUGCUGCCAGCCGCCUCGAGAACACUAUGGUGACUCAUCUGUUCCAGAAGUGCUGCCUGGUCCAGAGGAUCCUGGAGGCCUGGGAAGCCAACGACCACGCACAGGCAGCGGGUGGCAUGAGGCGCGGCAACAUGGGCCACCUUACCCGGAUCGCCAACGCAGUGGUGCAGAAUCUAGAGAGGGGCCCCAUGCAGACCCACAUCAGCGAGGUCAUCCGAGGGCUCCCCGCGGACUGCCGAGGGCGCUGGGAGAACUUUGUGGAGGAGACCCUGGCGGAGACCAAUCGCAGGAACGCUGUGGACCUGGUAAGCACCCACCACCUUCACCCCUCGAGUGAGGAUGAGGACAUGGAGGGCGCUUUCCCUAAUGAGCUGUCCCUGCAGCAGGCUUUCUCGGAGUACCAGGUCCAGCAGAUGACGGCCACCUUCGUGGACCAGUUUGGCUUCAAUGACGAGGAGUUUGCCGACCAGGAUGACAGUGUCAAUGCCCCCUUCGACAGGAUUGCAGAGAUCAAUUUCAGCAUCGAUGCUGAUGAGGACAGUCCCAGUGCAGCUCUGUUUGAGGCUUGCUGCAGUGACCACAUCCAGCCCUUUGACGAUGACGAGGAAGAUGACAUCUGGGAGGACAAGGAGAUGCAUUGCAUGGCCCGGGUGACGGCCAGAGCCAGGUUUGGGGGUCCUCACACCUCAGAGAGCUGCUCCAAGAAUGGCCUGGAGCGUGGAGGCCAGGAUAGGAAGGAGGGUUUGGAAGCCGACAAGGAUGCCGCUCGGGCAGGUGCCCCUCUGGCCUCCACCCAGAAGGAAGGGCCUCGCUUGGAGGGUGGCUCGGAAGCAGGCACCUCGUGGAGCGUGUUUGAUGAGCCGGGGAACUCGCCAGCACCGGCCCCGGGAGUGGCCGUGGACGUGGGCUCCAGCGUGUGGGCAGCCAGCACCUCCAGCCCCUCGGCUCUGGAGGAAAAGGGCUGGGCCAAAUUCACCGACUUCCAGCCUUUCUGCUGCUCCGAGUCGGGGCCCAGAUGCAGCUCCCCAGUGGACACGGUCCACGGCGAUGCCCCGGACGGCCCAGACCAGGGCCCAGAGCGAGCCCGCCCGGCUUCCCCUUGUGCCUGGAGCGUGUGUGUCACCAGGAAGGCCCCCCUGGUGGCUUCUGACAGCAGUGAGGACAAGACGGCUGGUGCCUUGGAAGCUGUCAGUAUGGGUCCCAGCCGGGAGGCCCCCCCGCUGCCCACGUCAGCCCCCAGGUUCGAGCCCGCGCCCCCCGCGCCUGCGGAAACCCCCCACGCCCCAGCUGUGGCCGCGCCCCCCGAGGCCACCCCCGCUGCCCUGGCCAGCGCCCCCGGGAUGACCGCAGCGGGGCCCCCGGCGGCCGUCACCACUGUGGCCCCAGCCACGUGCACAGCAGCUGUUCUGGGGACAGGGACGAAGGAUAGGAAGAUGGACUCCCCGCCACCCGCAGGAGCCGCCUUGAACGGCCCCGUGUGACGCUGCUGCCACCCAGCCACGGCGCGCCCUUAAUCGAGGAAACUACCUGGUGAUGCAAUUUGUCUUUUUUAAUUUAAUUUUAUUUUAAAAUAAAUGCUGCAUUGGUAAAGCUGGCAGUUGGAACCAGUUGGACGGCCCAGCUUGCGUCUCUCCUGACGACCCUGAGUGGGCGUCGAGCCCAGCUCCGCUUACAGCAAUAAGGCCUCCGAUGUGCUCUGCCCGGGAGCCGGGCAGUCCCAGACGCCGUGCGGCCCGAGGGCAUGGACGCCACAGGCUCCGAGCGUCCGUUUUUACUGAUUUUUUUUUUAAACAAACGCAGGAAAGAGCCACGUGUUUGCACUUUUGUGUCCAGCCAGAGCGAAGGGCCUCCCCGGCCCUGGGGACAGACGUGGGUCUGGAGCUGGACUGGCCGUGCAGGGCCGUAGCUGCCCGGGGAGCCAGCCCAGAGCUGGGCUGCAAAGUUGACUGCCUUAAAACAAGCCCCUCGUGGCCGAGUGGGCAGUGGGGGCACCUGGCGGGGGCACCAGGGCGCAGAGACGGGCUUCAGCAGUGCCAGGUGGGGCGGGGUCUGCGCCUGUGGGAGGGCAGGGCCAGGUCACGGGGUCCUGGGGGGGUCUGCAGGAUUAUUUUGUGUUGAGUCCAUUUUUAAUGUUCUGAUCAUCUGACAGGGCACCCAAGACCCCAAUUCCCAAUAAAAGUUGUGUUAUUCUUACUGACA